AUCACGAUCAGCGGGAUGCCAAAGAAAGUGGAACGAGUUGGACCCUUUACUGCGUCCCGCAAUGGCGCGUACGGUGGAGCGGAGCGCCCGGUUCCCGCAUGGCGCGUCCCAGAGCCCGAAGUGGACGAGGAAGACGGGCCAGCGUGGGCCGGCCUCGCCGGAGCGCUCAGGCCCUGGGAGAGCGGGCCACCGCGGCCGCCGCCGGCCGCCAUGCCGUACACCAACGAGCAGCUCAUCCUCUUCUACUACCCCAACACCAUCGGCUCCCGAAAGAUGUUACUGGUCCUGUACACAAGGGGAAUCAGCUUCAUGCCUCGAAUCAUGGAUGUUCAGCACGGAGAGCAGAUGGAGCCCUGGUUUCUCGAUAUGAGCCCCUUGGGAGAGUUGCCCGUGCUCAAGCAUGGUGACAGCGUCUUCACGGACGUGGACCAGAUGAUGCUCUAUAUUGACCAGAUAUUCCCGUCCACAGAUCCGGUAGGAAAAUUGUUCCCCGACAAAGGGACCGACCUCGGCAAUUCGGUGGAAAGCCUAGUCAAGGAACUCGGAAAAAUCAACAUCCCGUUGAUCGUGUACGGCACCCUGUUUCACCCAGAAAUGGCCGUCUCCUCCAGCAUGACAGACGAGGAGCAGAAGAAGAAGGCCGCGUUGGUUAAGCAGGGCAAGGCACAGAUCAUCGAGCUGAUGGAGCGCAACCCGGACUACGUGAACUCGUACGUGGAAAAGCAGCGCGCGUACGAAGCCUUCCUGGGACUCGCUCAGUCAGAAAGCGCCGUCAACAAGGAGCUUGAGGAGGUCGAGAAGGUCAUGGACAGCAUGGAGGAGUUGAUCAACUCCAGGAAGAUCUCCGGCAGCACCACGCCCGAUGCAACACAGACCUGGCUGUUUUCUAUCUAUGUGUCAGCAGCCGAUGUUCACCUCAUGGUACUGCUGCACGCAGUCUACAAGGCGGGCCUGUGGGAUCGUUACUUUGAGAAGACACAGAAGAAGCAUAAAAACCUGAUGAGAUACUUCAAGAGGAUGAAGCAUGACCCUCUCAUUAGCAAGGCACUCCCAGGGCUCAUUAAGUAGAAUAGUUCCUCGAACGCACUGCAGCAAAAAUGGAAACGCACAGCUAAAUUUGACAAAGUGUUUUAUGAGACAAAUACAUUAAGUUCAGAUAGAGA